AGAAAACGAAAUCGCGGCAAAUCAUAACCAUAAACAAACACAAAAACAAAUGGAGUAACAACCUCCUACGCUUCUCUUUCGCACUCCCUCUUUAUCCCUCUUAGCAAUUUCAAUUUUUCUUCUACGAAAACCCCAAUCGUUAAUGGCGGCUUCUCUCUCUCUAUCCUCAAUUUCGAUUUCUUCUCAUCCUGGUAUCCACUCUUUCGUCCUAAAUUCAAACCCUAAUUUCGUUAAUUUCAGAUUUCCGUCAGCUAUUCGGAACUGCAAACUUCAUGUUUCAGUUUGCAGAGCAUCAGCAGCUUCAUCGACUGUUGUUUUCCGUAAUCUCGAUGCCGAUGAUUUCAGACAUCCUCUUGAUCGUCAAAAUACGCUGAUUUUGAGAGCAAUUCCUGGAUUAGAUGAAAUCGGCAAGAUUAUAUUAGGAUCCAUGACGGAGCAGGUCAUGUUUCUUGAGAACAUAGGCACUUCAUUGCUUGUUUCCAAUAAUCAGCUGCCUGAACUGCACCAGUUGAUCAUUGAUGCUGCUGCAAUAUUGAAUCUUGAGCCUCCUGAUUUGUAUGUUCGUCAGAGCCCUGUACCAAAUGCAUAUACUCUGGCCAUCAGCGGCAAAAGGCCGUUUGUAGUCGUCCACACAAGUCUUAUUGAGCUUUUGUCUCGUAAAGAGUUGCAGGCUGUCAUAGCCCACGAGUUGGGUCAUUUGAAAUGUGACCAUGGCGUAUGGCUGACAUAUGCAAAUAUUCUCGCUCUUGGGGCAUACACCAUACCUGGAAUUGGUGGACUCAUUGCUAGUAGCAUAGAAGAGCAGUUAUUACGUUGGCUCCGAGCAGCAGAGCUGACUUGUGAUCGUGCAGCCCUUCUUGUUGCUCAGGAUCCCAAGGUUGUCAUAUCGGUCCUGAUGAAAUUAUCUGGGGGCUGCCCUUCCUUGGCGGACCAACUAAAUGUAGAUGCAUUUUUGGAGCAAGCACGUUCUUAUGAUAAAGCUUCUUCAAACCCAAUGGGAUGGUAUAUAAGGAAUGCUCAAACAAGGCAAUUGUCUCACCCUCUUCCAGUGCUACGUGCUCGUGAGAUUGAUGAGUGGUCAAGAAGUCGAGAAUAUAAUUUUCUUUUGCAGCGUGGGAUGCCGAUGAACACCCUGUCUGCUUAAGGUUUACGCUCCGGUGCAGAUCAAAUAUUUGAAUAUUAUGUGGUAUUGCGGAUGCACAAGCUAUUGUUGUCGGCUGUCAGUCAAAGGUAAGUCAUCUCUCGGGAAAUAUAGGAGAACACAUGGGUGUGAUGGAGAACCUUCAUUUGAUAAGUCUUUCUUUUGCACCUUUUUACUGUAUAAUCACACAAAGUCGUGUACGUUUUGGUUAUUUUAUACAACUGUAGAAGGCUUGUUCAUGUAAAUAUCUAAGACAACUGAUACAAUGAAGCAGCAAAUGUAUUUUUCUAACCGUAAAUCUGGGAUUACCGAUUGAAGGUCUGAAAACAUGUUUCUCAAUCUGUCGGGUUCAUGAUGCUUACUGGUUAUGGUUCUCAUUAUGACUUGUGCUUUUGAGUUUCUCUUAUCUGCGUUUCAGAAAAUGAAUUCAAUGUUACAUUAUCUUCUAGAACAUGAGGAUUAAAGUAGUUAUUAAGAAACGAUUAUCUGCAUAUGAAAAACUGGAAUGUACUGCAUAUUUUCAAUAACUUUAAUCCAUUAACAAUUAAAAAAGACGCCUAGGGCAAUGGUCCGAGAGAUUUGUUAAAAAAAUCCUGUUAUAGUCAAGUCGUUAUAACACAACAGUCGAGAUAAUUUAUCAUACAGUGUUCAAUGUAAAUGUAUUGAUGAGUUAUAACACAAGAUUUUGUUGGUCUUACUAUCAAAAAUUAAUAAUCAAGCAAAGGGAACAACAAACUAUUAUUGCGUUGUUUAUAUUUUGAAAAGAAAGUUAUUCGUUUAUA